AUGGGAACGGCGUACAGUAAGGAUGAUAAAAGAAGGAUAGAUGAAGCAACAAGCAACUCCAGUUUAUCUAAUUUACGAUACGUGAUAACAGAAAAACCAAAAUGGAAAGUUUUCAAAAAGAAAGAAAUCGUUCCUUUGCCUAAAGGUGUUUGCAAAGGUGGAUGUCCAUGCGGUAACGACGGUCCCUGUAAACAGAAAGUUACACCUAACGGUGUCACCAUACAUUAUCCACAGCCAAAGAAGAAAAAAUAUAUCCUUAGACAAAAACGCACAGUGACCAAAACUACCAAAAGUUAUUUAAAUACUCCUAGACCAACGCGAAAAGUGAAAGUCGUACGACCUAAGAAGCUACUAACAUGGAGGUUGGACAGUAUAAAGUUUACAAGAACACCAUUUACACCAACGCCUCCGGCGACUACUAAUGUUAAGCCUUCAACUGCACCUGAAGUCAAGAGGUAA